AUGCAGAACGCAAGCAGGGACAACACCGCCGACGAUUUGGUGGAACAGGUGGCCACGGACAUGAUGAGAGAGGGCUGGCUGCUUUGCUUCGACGAGUUUCAGGUGACACACAUCAGCGAUGCUAUCAUCAUGAAGCGCAUCUUCUCCGUGCUCUUCGAGCUGGGGGCCGUCGUCGUGGCAACUUCCAACCGCCCUCCACAGGACCUGUACCUGAACGGUCUCAAUCGCCCUCUUUUCUUGCCUUUCAUUCCCAUGCUUGAAAACUUUUGCAAGGUACAUGACAUCGGUGCAGAGGUGGACUACCGAAUGACCUCCACGCGGGAUGGGGACGACGACCGAGUUUACAUUACCCCAAAUGGCCCUGCCGAGCAGAAAAUCCUGGAGAAUAAGUUUUCCAAGAUAUGCCAAGGGAAGUUCCGCGCGGGCGCGCAGGUGGAGGCCCAGGGGCGCAAGCUUCUCGUGCCCCGCUGUGCCGAGAUGUCCGAUGUAGCCUGGUUUGACUUUUCCGAUUUAUGCAACAAGGCUCUCGGGGCAGCAGACUACCUCGCCAUCGGGCGCGCUUUCCAUACAGUGUUCUUGGCAAACAUCCCGAGACUCACCAUGCAAGAGCGCGAUCAAGUGCGACGCUUCAUCACCCUCAUCGACUCUCUUUAUGAGUGUCAUACCAAAGUGGUCUGCACAGCAGAGCUCGAUCCGAUCCCUUUGUUCUACGUCUCUGAGGAGGAGCGAAACACCUCAACUGCAGAUGAGAUUUUCGCUUGGCAUCGGACAGCAAAGAAAGCUCCCGUGGACGCUUCGGUUCGCGAAGCCCUCCGCGCCCUUCGUGCGGCUUCGCUCUCCGAGUUCUUCGGCCUUAUCAACGCGGGUAAUUGGUCCUUCAACGAUCAGCAGGUCUUCCUUCUGAGAAAGCAGAUCCUGCGGGCGUACCGAGAGCUGGAGGCGCGAAGUCUUCGAGAAGAUCCGGAGGCCUCGCCACCGCCCUUCAAAGUCUACGUCUACGAUGAGGAGCAAGUGCCACAGCUGAAGCCCCUCCUGCAGAGCCAGAUCUACUGCAGCCGAGGACAAUGGGGCACGGAUGUGCAGCUCCACGACUUUUUCGUUACGUCUAACAUCCAAACAGACGACCCCGCGGAGGCGGACUUCUUCUUCGUUCCCGGCUAUGCCAUUUGUGUGCUGGAAGGCAAUCUUUACAGCCUGGACGAGGUGGAUGAGCUCUACAAGGAGCUUGUGGUGGCUUUACCGUACUUCAAUGCUUCAGGUGGCCGAGACCACAUCUUCGUCUUCGGCUCUGGAAUGGCUCAGACAUUCUGCAAAACUGUAGAAACUUGCGAGUUCGGGACAGGUUGA